AUGCUAGGGAUAGGGGGUGGAGAGAAGCAGCUGGGUGAUGGGUCAUGGCGGCAGGGGGGUAGAGGGAAGAAGCAUGUCUCCGAGUCAGGUGUUGAUGUGCUGCUUAAGUUAGCAGGCGAGGUGGGGCAAGGUGAACAAGGCAUUGGAGAGGGGUUGCUACAGGGAGGUGGGGGGAAGCAGCAGAAUUUCGAGGUGCGUUCUAAUGUGCUGUGGAAGUCAGCAGGUGAGGUGGAGCAUGGCGAACAAGACAUGGGAGAAGGGUUGCUACAGAGUGGUGGGGGAAAGCCGGGGAUUAGGUCAUGGCAGCAGGAGGGUGGAUCGAAAGAGGGCGACGGGUCAGCGUGGGAGGCAGAGGGAUUGCAGCAAGGCAGUGGGGUGCGUGAGACUGGCGGGUGUGAUUCGGGUGAUGGGUUGAGCGAGACUGAUGCUGGGUGUACGGUGGGUGAUGGGUCAAGUGAGACUGGUGGGUUGAAGACAUGUGACGGGUCUUGUGAGGCGGAAGGGUGUGAGAGAGGAGAAGCGCGGAGGGAGAAGGCGCGGGGGUGGAUGUGGUGGAAGGUUCUGGCUGCCGUGGGUGCUGCUGCUGUGGUUAUAGGCGGGGCUGCUGUGAUUAUGGCGAAGGGGAGGGGCUGGAAGAGGGGAGGAAGGGAACGGAGUGGCGGGAGGAAGGAGUGGGAGCAGCAGAAGCAGGAGGUGCAGAGGGGGGCGGAUGGGAGGAGUCUGGAAGGGGACGAAACGGACAAAGGGGGGGAGGGGCAGGGGGAUGGGGAAGAGCAGGAAGAGAGUCGGUGGGUAAGGGAAGAUGGGGCAGAGAGGGUGGGGGGAGGGGAAAGGUAUCGUGUUGAAAGUUUUGGUAACGAAAUGGGAGAAGGGGUUGGGCAGGGAGAGGAGGGGUGGAUGGUACAAGGGGAGGGCGAGGCGCGAGAUGUGGGGGAGAAGGGAUGGUUUGCGCACGAGGAGGAGGAGAGAAAGGAUGUGGGAAUGAACGAAAAGGAGGAAGCAAACGAGGGGUGGGUGGGGGAGAAGCAGCAUGGGGAUGAGGAGGAGUGGGUGGGGGAGAAGCAGCGGUGGCAAGGGGUGCAACAGAGGAGGCAGAGGGACCGAGAGAGGAGGAGAGGCGUGUGGGGUGGUUUGUGCUUCAAUGGGGGUGGGUUACGCCUUGGUGUGGGGGAUGACGAGGAGGGAGAUGAGGAAGAGGAGACGGAGGAGGAAGAGGACGAAGAGGACGAAGAGGAGGACGAGCCGAUUUCCAUAAGCGCUGAUGGUGACUAUAGCGAGGGAGGAGAAGAGAGGUGGAGAGGGGGAGUGGGGGAGGUGGAGGGAGAGGGAGAGGAGGAGGAGGAGUGGUUGUAUGAGAGGGAAUGGGAAGUUUUUGUGCGGACACUGAAAGAGGGAGAGAGAGGAGGGUGUGGGGAGACACUGAGAGACAGGGAGAGAGGAAGGAGGUGGGAAACAUUAAGUGAGAGGGAGAGUGAUGGGAGGGGGGAGGGAGAGGGGAAACUAGGGGAAUGGGCAGGGAGAGGAGGGAGAAGUGGGGGGUUGGAGUGUGGAGUGGUGGUGAGGGGUGCAGAGGAGUAUGGUGGGGAUGCAGAGGCUUAUGCAUGUGAUGAUGGUACAGCGGCGUGUGCGAGGGAGUGGGUAGGGGAAGCGUGGGAAGGAAGGGAGUGGGAUGGGGUUGACUGCGGUGCAAAGGAGUGGGAUGGUGCUGGGAGGAGUGAGAGGGAGUGGUUUCAGGAGGAUGCUGGCCUGUCACAAGGGAGCAGCACUAAUGAUGAUGAGGAGGAGGAGCUAUGCUGUCCCCUUGGCUAUAGCCCUCUAUACCAUGCUGAUGCUGGUGAUGGUAGCGAAGGUUGGAAUGAUGGGGGUGUUAAUGCUGGUGGUGGUGAUGUUGGGGAUGCUGUAAAUGAUGGUGAUGAUGGUGAUGAUGGUGCCUGUUAUAGUGAUGAAGGUGUCUGCUAUAGCGGUCAACGGGAAGAACAUGAUGAUCAAGUGGAUCGCACUUCAACACCUUACGGCGGCCACAUGGUGUUUCAUGGAAUUCUCCAUCGCGGCGCCAUGGCAGCACCGCUGUGA